AUGGAGCAGGAAGGAGCUUUUGAGUCGGAAAGAGGGGAGACUGUCCCGGACUCUCAACAGCCCAUCGACAACAAGUUUUCGGAGCAUGAUGAUGGACAAAUUCAUUCAGACGAGCAUGCCGAUGAUUUCUUGGAUGACCAAGAUGAUGAGUUCCAGCUUCCAAUUGAGUUGGAUGAGAUCCAGGAGCAGGGGGGUUUAUCCGGGUCGUUUCUGCUACCAGACUCCUUUCCGCUAGGUGAUGCUGCACUUCAGGCCGACGAAGUCGAGAGACUCACGCCAUUUAUCAAUCCUUCAGUGACACCAAAUCCCCAGGACAGCAUUGUCAUUCCUGAUGAGGAGCCGGCAGAAAAGAACAUCAUCGACCUCACGAUUGACGAGCCUGUCGGUCAAAACGAGAAUGUCGACAAGGCUGAAACUGGCGCCAACUCGAAUGCAGACUGGUCUGAUGAUCAGUACAUCAAAGAAGAAUGCGACGGAUCCAAAUUUGAUGCCAUCGAGAAACGGUACAACGCUCUUCAAAACCCCGAUAUGUCUGACACAGUUGUCUACCUGCAAGCAAAACGGCAAGAAGAGACUCGGAAAAAAGUUCUGAAUACUCGAAAAGUGCUGAAGCAACGGGAGCUAGAAGAAAAUGAUGUCGAAAACGAGGAUUCUGAAAACGAGGGUCCUGAAAACGAGGAUGAGCUCUUCUACUCUAUGAAAGAGUCUCCAGAGCCAUCAUUCAUGCCCUCCGCGAAAACGCCUCAGGACAAAAAGUUGCCAACCCCACCGAUGGCACCGGCCUCGAAGAAAGCGCGUCCAGCUAAGCGACACAAGAAUGGUCAAGUCACAGAAAGUGUCAUCAAACAUGGGAUGAGUCUCGGUCUGAACGUCAUGCUCGGCGGGGAUUCAGGAACAGGGAAGGGAUCCAAGUCCCGCAAAAACCUUGAGGAUGUCGGGACCCUAAAAGAACGACGGAAGUCCCGCAAAAAGACCGCCAGAAUGACCGAUGCCGAUAUUGACAGUAUCUUCUACCGAGACAUCAUUGCCAGCGUGCAAAAGAACUCUUCAAUGGGCCCACUUCAUGUCUCUUCUCUCAAGGACAAACAAAAGGCCCUCUCGGAGGUCGUGGCAAAUGUUCCGAUCAAAGACCAAGCUGCAGCCAUCUCUGAUAAGCAUUUACUUAUUGAGGCUACAAAAAAGUUCUUCUGGAAGGCAAAGACUGACGGAAAAGGCGGAUGGACGAUCAAGGGUCUGAAGUCAGGACUCUAUCAUCACCAGCUUUUAGCAGUGGCAUGGAUGCGCGAGCAAGAGAACUCCGAUCACCCUCCGUACGGUGGACUUCUCUGUGAUGAGAUGGGACUUGGAAAGACGGCAUCGGCUUUAGCAAAUAUCUUGGACGGAAACCACUUGGAACCCUAUGACCCCCAGAUGGAGCAAAUCAAAAAGCAUUGCGAUGAGACUGCAAUUGGCAACGUACUCGAAAUUCACGCCCGCUCCCGUUUGGCCUCCCUCAACAUCGUCAACAUGCUUAUGCAAAGUGAUGUCAUCGUGACAACCUAUGAGGAAGUUCGGAAGUCAUAUCCGAAAUUGGAUCCCCCACAUGGUAUGGAGAGCACCACAGAGAUCAGGGCCUGGUGGGAUAGCUUCUACCGUCGGGAGGUCGGAGCUUUGCACAGAAUUCACUGGCACCGUAUCAUACUGGACGAAGCGCACCUGAUCAAGAACCGGGAUGCUAGGGGCGAUGCGAGAUCAAAAGGCCGUUUAAUCAACACGCUUCGGGCUGUACUGCAUCGAAAAACCCAUGACAGCAGGAUCUUUGCGCAGCCUAUUGUCAAACUCCCAAAUGUUGUGGAGAAAAGCGUCGAGCUGGAGUUUUGUCAAGCCGAAAAGCUCCUCUACGACAAAAUCAUCGAGGUCUAUAUCAAGAGCAUCAACGGUUAUUCUACUCGCGGGGCCAUGAAAUCCCAAUUUCGGUGUAUUUUGGCCAUGAUCACCAAAUUGCGCAUGGUCACCAACCACGUUCUUGUUCCGCAGGAUAUCAUCAAGAACAUCUUGACUGAUACGCAGGCAAAGAAGCUGAGACCGCUAGCAGCAAAGAGCACUGCCCCGGACGAGCGCUCUGCCAAAAUCAUUAAGUUCCUUCUCGGUGUGAAAUACCGAACUAUGUUCCCCAAGCCCAAGCCUCAGAAGGACGUGGGACAGUUGCCUUUGGUGAACCGUGACAAAUUGAUACUGGCUUUCCGUACAUUCAUGGAAAAGGUCCAUGACGACGGGGAGUGGAACGAGAGGUUAUCUCGCUGCGCUUGCCCUCGCUGCCAUUUCGCGCCUAUGAAGGCAUUGCUCACAUCAUGCCAACAUAUCUACUGCGAAGCGUGUUUCUCGGCACUUCCUGACAAAAAUGGAAGUCUUGACACCAAUGCUCGAAUUUGCUGCGCGUGCAACAUUGUCAUCAAAGAGUUUGCAUCCGUUGAUGACUUGUUCGGCUUGGAAGAGGAUCCAGCUGAGGACCAGUCUGUAUCAAAGGGUUCUCAGCUUGUUCCAAACGAGCUGAAGCGUCACGCGGACGAAAUGCUCCGCACAGAGGAACGGACUAAGAAGCACAAAAGAGCCAAAAGGGCACCUACGCAGUCAUAUGGGAUGUUUUCAUCGUCUAAGUUGGACAGCAACAACAACGAAGAUGACCAGGAUGCCUCUUCCUCCGAGGGUAAUAUUGAGAAAUUGGACUGGGCCAAGAUCAUUGGAUCUCAAAUGCCCAGUGCCAAGCUUUGCAAGGUUCGGGAGCUCAUUCAAGGAUGGAUUCAGCAAGACAAAGAGGUCAAAAUCGUGAUUUUCACACAAUGGCUGGGCGCAAUCACAAUCCUCGCGGACCUGUGCGAAAAGCAGAAGUGGCCCUAUACCAUGUUGUCGGGGAAAAUGCCCCUGGCCUCGCGAAACAACAGUAUCCGAAACUUCCGGGAACAGAAAGACUUGAAGGUGAUGAUUGCAUCCCUCAAGACCGGCGGGACUGGACUCGACUUCUCGGUGGCCAACAAGUGCAUCUUGCUGGACCUGUGGUGGAACGAGGCUAUUGAGGAACAGGCCUAUUGUCGCCUUGUCCGAAUCGGCCAGAAACGAGAAGUGGAGUAUGUCAAGCUCAUCAUCAAAGGAGCUAUCGACGAGUACAUGCUCAAGCUCCAAAAGGAAAAGACCGCUAAAAUCAACACAGUGAUGAGCCAGGAGGCGCUGAAUGGACGCGAUGAAGUGAAAAAACUGCUCGAAAUGUUCUGCGAUUUGGGCGAAAAAGACGGAGGCGGCUUCUGGAUUAGCGGCAACCGCAAGCUUGCCAAGUCCCAGGCUACUACCGAGCAGCAAGCCUGA